AUGGGUAAGAAGAAACUAAAUUAUGCAACUGGCGAUGACUUACAACUCUAUGCGACUCCAAAAGAAGCGAUGGAAGAAAGCAGACGAAGAGCUCUUGAAGAAAAGAUAAGGAAAAGACAACAAUACGAAGCCCAAAUGGCCAAUGAACAACGACGUUCGGGAAGAAUUUCAUCAGCACCCGUAAUGACACCGCCAAAUUUUUUGAAUAAUAACAGACCCCCACCUUUACAAUAUCAACCACCAUCUCAGCAUAAUGGCAGCCAUCAUACGAUACAGGAGACCUUCAUAUCACCUAAUUCACGCCCAGGCUAUAAUACCAGACCAUCUCCUCCUGCACAAAAUAUGAAUGUUUCGAACCCAAUGCCGAUCCCACAUGUGGGACGUACAAUGAACCAUCCUGUACCUCCAUAUAUUAGAAACUCAUCAUCAUCGCCAUCAAGUAGACAGACAUCUUCGAACCUUCAAGAUCCAGAGUCAAAGGAUAUUCAGGUGGCCAGAAAGUUAUUCCAGAACCAUGAUAUCAAGAAUAGGGGUAGACUUACAGCUGAAGAACUCCAAAACCUACUACAAAAUGAUGAUAACACCCACUUUUGCAUCUCAUCUAUUGACGCCCUGAUAAAUUUAUUUGGUGCAACUCGGUUUGGUACUAUCAAUCAGCAAGAAUUUGUGUCUUUAUACAAGAGAGUUAAGAUAUGGAGGAAAGUGUAUGUGGAUAAUGAUAUUAAUUCAUCCUUCACCAUAACAGUAACAGAAUUUCACAACUCUUUACAAGAAUUGCAAUAUUUAAUUCCUUAUGAAGUCUCAGAGAAACUGUUUGAUCAGUAUGCCGAAUUUAUUAAUGAAAAUAAUAACUCUAAGGAAUUAAAGUUUGAUAAAUUUGUUGAGGUGUUGGUUUGGUUAAUGAGACUUACUAGAAUGUUUAGAAAAUUUGAUACCCAGCAAGAUGGGGUUGCGAAUAUACACUAUAAGGACUUUAUCGAUAUGACUUUGUAUCUUGGAAGGUUUCUUCCUCAUUGA